GCGGUGUGUGUUCGCAGGCGGGCAUAUGAGAGGCAGACUUGGCUGCAAGAAUUAUGUUGAAAUGAAUUAGCUUGUUUGUGUUGGGGUACACUUGUUUCCAUUUGGUAGCAAGAGGAGGUCGGGAUGUUAACAUGAUCAACACACCAUCAUAAUUUCCCGCAAGCACAGGAGGAAUAACAAGAAACCUGGCUAACCAUGGAGACCCAGGCAGUGGUGGAACAGCAAUGCUAUGAUGACGUCCGGAAAAGCGGGUAUCUCCGCAAGCAAAAAUCUAUGCACCGGCGAUUUUUCGUUCUCCGUGCGGCUUCGGACCACGGCCCUGCCCGCCUUGAGUAUUACGAGAAUGAGAAGAAAUUUCGUAGCAAGUCACCCGUCCCGAAAAAAAUGGUUAACCUGGAGUCUUGCUUCAACAUCAACAAGCGGGCGGAUUCCAAGAAUAAGCACAUGAUAGUGCUCUAUACGCGCGGAGAGAGCUUUGCCAUUGCAGCAGAUAGUGAGGAGGUUCAGAACGAAUGGUACCAGGCCAUGUUGGACCUUCAGUGCAGAAGUAAGACCCCAGAGGACAGUGGGAGUGGGGGCGAGUGUAGCCUUCCCUCUCCUGGUCCUGCUUUCAAGGAGGUAUGGCAGGUGAAGGUGUGGCCUAAAGGCUUAGGUCAGGCCAGGAACUUGGUGGGCAUCUACCGACUCUGCCUAACCGACAAGACAGUCAAUUUCGUCAAACUCAACUCUGAUGUGGCGGCCGUGGUUCUGCAGCUGAUGAACGUGCGCCGCUGCGGACACUCCGAGAACUUUUUCUUCAUCGAGGUGGGCCGCUCAGCCAUGACGGGCCCUGGCGAGUUCUGGAUGCAGGUGGAAGACUCGGUGGUGGCGCAGAACAUGCACGAGACCUUACUGGAAGCCAUGAAGGCCCUGAGCGAGGAGUUCCGCCAGCGCACCAAGACCCAGUCGGUGGGCGCAACGGCCGGCGGGGGCACCGCCUCCAACCCCAUCAGCGUGCCAUCGCGCCGGCACCACCCCAACCUGCCGCCAUCCCAGGUGGGCUUCUCCAGGCGGCCGCGCACGGAGACCCCCGGGGCGGGCGGCCUGAGCAGCACCAACACCUCACCCACGCCCCGCCACGGCUUCUCCCCGCCGAAUGAGCAUCAGCAUCGGGCGCUACCGGCGACAGCCAGUGCGACCAUGACCGCGGAGACAGUGCCGAGCACCAGCCCCAGCCUCAACGGCUCGUCCUGCUCCACCACGCCCACGCUGAGGCCCAAGCCAACGCGUGCGCCCACCCCGGCCAAGAUCACCCUCAGCCUGGCAAGGUACACGCCCAACCCCGCUCCUUCACCAGCGCCCAGCCUAUCCUCCAGCUCAGGACACGGCUCCGAAUGCGGCAUCAUCGCUGCCGCCGCCGGGGGAUUCGGAAGUGUCGCCAUCCCCACGUACGCCCGCAUCCCGCAGAGGGUGUCCGUGUCUGGCUCGCCUAGCGACUACGGCUCCUCGGACGAGUACGGCUCCAGCCCCGGGGAGCACUCGCUCCUGGGGUCGGGGCUCCCCUCCAUGUCUACCGUGGGCCUGGGUCUCCAGGGCGGCUCGGCCAGCUACAUCGUCAUGGGCCACCGGGACCAUGGCAACUCGGGCUCCCACCAUCGGUCGCACGGGCGCAGGAUGCUGCGGCGCUCAUCCAGCCGCGAGUGCAAGGCCGAGCGGCGGCUGCUCAGCAAGCGGGCGUCCCUGCCCUCCUCCAACACCCAGGACCGGCUGGUGCCGCGGCGGCGCGAGGAGGAGGAGGACGAGGACGACGAUUACGCCGUCAUGUCGCGGAGCGUCAGCAGGGAGUCGUUCGCAUCUCGACGGGGCUCAGGAGGAGGCACCACCGCCUCCGCCGCCGCUGCCGCGACCACCACAGUGUUGUCGGGGCAGGGGGCCGACAUUCUUUCGGAGAAGAUCGAGAGCGGGGUGAUCAGAGCCCGGGACGAAAGCGUGGCGUCCCUGGACAGCGGCUAUAUGUCGAUGUUGCCGGGUGUCACGGCCACCACGCCCGCCUCGCUCUCUCUCUCCGUGGCCAUGUCGGACGCUGGGUCCAAGGGGAGCAGCGGUGGGGAAGGUGGAGGCGGUGGGGGUACGGGCGGAGCGGACGAGUACAUGGCCAUGACCCCCAACAGCAGCGUCUCGCCCCCGCAGCAUGUCGCGCGCCUGGCCGGCGCCACCGAGGGCUACAUGAUGAUGUCCCCCAACAGCAGCUGCUCGCCGGAUCUGCACACGGGCCUGGCGGCCAGUAACCUUUGGGGCAGCCGAGGCAGCAUGGAGAGCCGGGCGGGCAGCGACUACAUGAACAUGUCCCCCAUCAGCGCCCGCUCGGCCUGCAGCACGCCCCCGUCCCACCCAGACCAGCACCCCCUGCAGCCCAAGAUGGUCUACUCCUAUUUUUCACUGCCACGCUCCUACAAACACACGCUGUCCACGCGCUUUGAGGAUGACCUAGGCCAGGGAAAAAGACCCGAGGCGGGAGGUGGGGGUGCGAAUGGGGGCGGUGGGUGUGGGACUGGAGAGGGAGGGGGGAGGCGCAGGGGAUACCCUGGCGCCCAAGAGGAGGCCUCUGUGGGUCACCCCGGAGGCUGCCACCUCUCUCUCUCCUCCUCGUCCUUCUCCUCCAGCUCGGCCAGCAGUGAGAGCCUGGAGGACCGACCUAUGGCUCUGUCCAUGCCGGGCGGAGGUGGGAGGAUGGGCAGGGUGGGUGGUGUGGGGGGAUUCUCAGUUGGCGGUGCACGCACCAAAGAGGGGGCCCACCAUCAGCAUCAUCAGAGACGCGCAGGACCCGGCGCUCAAAAGCAGGGUCACUUGCAGCAGAGGAAGGGCCGCCCGUCCAGCCUCUUUGUGGACAUGUCCAAAGCCAACACCCUACCCAGGGUGAGGGAGAACCUCCUCCCAACCGUGCCCCAGGGCCCUGGGGAGUAUGUGAGCAUCGCCUAUGGAGGAGAGUACGGUGGGAGGGGGAGAGGUCAGCGGAGGAAAGAGUAUGGCCUGUCGGUGGCCCCAGGGCCCCCACGGCCCUUGCACAGGCCGCCUCCCUGCCCUAGUAGUGCCAACAACCUCCCCCGCAGUUUCUCCGCACCCCUGUCCUCCGCAGGGUCCUCCGAGUACGUCAACAUGGACUUGGGCAGCUCGCCAUCGCCGCUGUCCUCUGACGCUCCCCCCCUGUCCACCUUCUCCCCGGCUCAUGCUCCGACGCCGGCUGCCAAGGCCCCCAAGGCCCCCAAGGCCCGGGAAGAGUGCUCGUUGGUGCCCCAGGCGGUGCCGGACACAGAGCCGGGCCACCGAAAGGCCGGCGGCCUGGCCCUGGUGCCAGCUGACGUCCCAGCCGCUUCGUUCACGGAGUACUCCGAAAUGGUCUUUGUCGACCCCUCAGCUCAGUGUGCUAACACGCCCCAGCCCUCCGCACACACUGCCCAGUCGUCAUCAUCGUCCAUCUCCCAAGAUGAAGCUCUGACCCUUUCCGCUAAGCCCUUCUCCAGCCCAGACCAGGGGGCCAGGUUGGUCCGGGCCGACCCCCUCGGCAGGCGACGCCACCGCUCGGAGACCUUUGUGGGACCGGCUCCCCUGCUGUCCCUCUCCUCGUCCUCCUCGCCCUCCCCGCUGUCCUACUAUGAGAGCGGUCAGGUGGUGGUGGCUUCCCACUGCGCUGCUGGGCUGGAGGGCUCUCCAUGGGGCACGGGCCCGCCAGCCGCCCCCCCGCAGUGCGUCAGCACGGGGGUGUCCACCGUACCGCCCCCUCCCGCCUCAGCAGCAGACUCCCUGGAGCAAGGCCUCAACUACAUAGACCUGGACCUGGCCACCAAGGAGGGUCUGCAGACGGGCCUGGACGGCUCAGCGGCCACUCACUCGCUGUUUUCCUCGGCCCUCGGAGGAGGCUCUAUGGGGGGCGGUGCCAGCUCCAGCAUCAACACCUAUGCCAGCAUCGACUUCUACAAGUCUGAAGAGCUCCGAGUUCAUCAGAACACCAGGAACGAAGGCAAAGAGUGUUGAACUCACCCCUUUGCCCAGCCUGCAUGGAUCUGCACUGGCCCACAUGUCUGCCCUACCGAUGUGUGUGGCCGCUGGGUGGAUUUGCGUCUUGACCAUUGGGUCGUGCCCAGGUUGGGCAGAACAUUGGUCAGAAUCCUCCCCACACACACUCUAUACUCAUCCUCAUCCAUUCAUUACGCUCAAAUCAAACGUGUGCCAAAAGACUACUGGUCAUAUCCGCUAGGUAGCACUGACAUUUCCUUCAGCCAAUCAGGAGGGACUUAAAGCGACUCUGACUGCCAACAAAGAGCCAAUGAUUUUUUUUCUCUUUUUUUCUUCACCACUUUAAUGAAAUUGUAAUACAGAUGUUAUAGAUGAAAAUAUAUAGUAUACAUAAGAUUACUGAAUAGACAUCUAUAUAUGAAUUUUUUUAAAAAGUGCCUCAUUUUCGAUUGUAGCCAUUUUUACACAGAAAAUUCUGAACUGGUCUGUGAGAGAAAAGUUAAUUUAUGUUCCUUGUCUUAUAUGUCAUCUUCUUUUACUACAGUUGUGAAUAUGUUUAAAAGUGCAGACAAAAAGCAGUGCAAAGGUAUAAGAGUAAUAGUGAGCAUAAUCGGAUUGCCUUACUGUGUUAGUGUGAAGUGUAUUGAGAACAGCCUUCUCUUACUUUAUGCCGUGCCUCUCGUUUCCAUCAGCCAAAGGGCUGCAACUCAAGGCAGCCUACCACAACCCAGCUGAAUACAACACACACACACACACACACACACACACACACACACACACACACACACAGAGAUUGUAUGCUUGCACACACACUAUACAAACACAGGUAGACACACAAGUUGUUAAACAGACCUGCAACCUACAUGUGCACGUACAACUAUAAACACAUGCGUACAAAAACAUGCACACUUAGCAUGCUAGUUACACAUACACACUCACUCUCAAACAUACACAUACACACACACACACACAGGUAACCACAAAUACAACUCCAAGUACAAUACAAUGCAAAUGUGCAAAUGCACACAGAAUGCUAGCAUUUUUCCCAUACAGUUAGAACACACUCACUGUUCACACAUAACAAUAAUACAUCUGUUUACCAGACCAUAAUCACAUUUGUCGUCAUAACUGACCAAAGUAGAGAUCCGCUGUUGGGAGUUUGAUCAGUUUUCAGAGACUGCUGUUUAGGUGUGUGUGUGUGUGUGUGUGUGUGUGUGUGUGUGUGUGUGUUUUGUGUCUGUCUGUCUGUCUGUCUGUCUGUCUGUGUCUGUCUGUCUGUCUGUUUGUCUGUCUGUCUGUGUGUGAAUAAGUAAGUAUGAGUGUGUUUAUUUGCAUGUGUCUAUGUUGUGUGUGUGUGUUUGUGGCAGUGAUAGAGCAGCAUGAUCUUAUGUAAUAACAAAUUGAAGACAGUGUUAUAGUGAAUUAGUCUGAAUACCAGGGUGACAUUACACAGCCCCUUACUGGCUCAAUUUUCAACAUACUCCCUCACACUUAAAGAUAUUGCAUGUGUAGACAUGCACAAAUACAUACACUCAUAUACACACGCACACAAUUUCACACCAGUCAGAGGUCAUCUCCUUGAUCCUCCAUUUAUGUACAGAUUGCUGGGUAAACCCUAAAACAUUAAAGAAACACACUCAAGUGCCUGCUUACACACACACACAUACACACACACACACACUCACACGUACACACACACACACACAAACUGCCUCUGUCACUGUCGUGUCUCCUAAGGUUUAUACACACUUCUACUCACAUCUUUCACAUUCCAACCUCUGGUCUCCAAACAAGAACCACACAGUUCAGAUCCUACCUGUCCUGGGCAUCGGUGCUAAGGUUUGGGAUCCCCUGGUCUGUGUCACUGAGAGAGCUGUAGCCUAAUAAACUUGUAAGAAAGAUUUGAUUAUUGAAAGGAGAAUCGUGAUGUGAUCAGCACUAUAUAUAUAUCUUUUUUUUUUUUUAAAUGAAUGUGGGCCUAGCUGUAGAUGAUGAUGUUUAGGAAAGAUAUGUCUAAAAACAGGGUCUAAAUAUAUGCUCAUAUCUUUUUUAAUUCACUCUCUGGAUUUUUUUUUAAUGAUCUGUUUGUUUACUGUUUUGUUGACAUCCUGAAUUUGUGUAGUUAAUCCACUGUAAACUGUAGCAUAACAGGGGAAGACAGUCCCUGGCUAAAUGGGACCUUAGUGCCAAACCAUCCUCUGGCCUUGUCUACACUCCAAAGUGUGGCCUUUAAUGGUUACAGAACAAGUGCAAUGACAUGAAGUAUUUACAUUAUUAAUACCACAUGACAGCAGUGCGAAGACUCGAUGAAGCACUUAAUGUGAAAUGACUUUGACGUGGAGCAUCAUUUCACCAGAGAAAUAUAAACAAAAUGAGACAUCACUCGUUUUAAGUUAUGAUGGGGCUGGACGCAUUUUUUUUUUUUAAAUGUCCUUAGAAGUCAUGUAAACUGCAUCCUCCCCACCCCACCACACCACCUCAGAUUCAACCAUAUCAACCCAACCAAGGUCAUGGAAGAGAAUUCCAACCUGAAGCUACAUGUCCGUGCGAGUGUAUGUGUAUAUGCCCAAGCCCAAACUUUGUGUAUCUACCUUGAACUCUGAACUCUAUCUUUCUUUCUCAUUCUUUCUUUUAUAUACAGAAAUACCUGUCUUUUAUUGCCUUAUCGUCUGUACUAGCUCUCACACAAUACGCGGCAGCUGUAAAAACAACGCUUUGCAUUCUAUAAUCCCAAUUCUGUUGAGUCGUAAAGAUUCUUAGUUCGACAACAUGCAGGGGCCUUAGUACCUCUGUGGCUAUAGUCUAAGGAACAUAAAAGCGGUACCAAGUGAUGUAGAAACAAGGCGUAGGCCUAUAUAUACUCCAAAACAAACAAACAAACAAACAAACAAACAAAAAAACUUUACUGUCUCAGUAUCUACCAAUAAAUGUUGGAAAAAAGGGUUUGAUAUGUACAAUCAGGGUAAUGUGGAGUUACCAAGCAGAGAGUGAAUCUGUAUACUUGUUCUAAUGCUCAAUAAUGACAAUGAUGUACAAAGAUGUAUACGGAGAGAGGGUGGGGGUCGAUUCUGUAUGUUUCUGUGCAUAAA